UUCAGUGUAGCAGAAUUGCAGUGCACUGAACUGGACAGUACAGGGAAGCAUCCAUACAGUCAGUGAGGGUGGGGUCCGGCUGCACUGGAAGCAAAAACAGAGGAAGAAAAGGGAAGAGAAGUGGAGGGCGAGCAGGCACCCAAAGAGGAACAUAACAAGGGAUGAAAGGUGACACCCCUGUAAACAGCACCAUGAGUGUCGGUCAGGCCAGGAAGCUGGUGGAACAGCUGAAGAUCGAAGCCAGUUUCUGUCGGAUCAAGGUAUCAAAGGCAGCUGCAGACUUGAUGGCUUACUGCGAUGCCCACGCCUGUGAGGACCCUCUCAUCACCCCUGUGCCCACCUCAGAGAACCCCUUCAGAGAGAAAAAGUUCUUCUGUGCACUCCUCUGAGCGUGACACAGCAAAAACAGAAUUAGCCUCAUUUAGCUGAUUUUAUGUAUAUUCAUCACACACAUGCAUAAACAUCUAUAAACACACACACACACACACACACACAUAUUUACACGAAAAUAUUAAGAAACAAGAGAAACACAACAUAAAUUUUAGGGUUGUGGUUCUGAAAUUUGGGCAAGGUUAAACAUCCAUAAUCUGUAAGGACAUUUGUGCUAUGCUGUUGUUUCUGUUCUAAGGGAGACAUAAUUUCUCCACUUGUUAAGAUGGUGUGAUUAGAUAGAACAUACAGAUGCAAAUAUAAAACUAAAUGGUGUAUAUGGUAAACUAAAAACAAACACACACACACACACACACACACACACAUAUAUGCAAGCACAUGAUUUUUCUAACCAGUGAUAUUGAACAUUUGUUUUUGAGUUGGAUGUUUGAAUUAUGCCUCAUAUUUUAAUUAACACACUUUUAGAUAAAAUGUUUGGUUUAUUGCUUUUAUCUCUUGGUGUGUGAUUGUGAUUUUGACAUUAUUUUGAUUAGGUUUUUAAUCCUCCUCUGUGGUCUAGCAGAGGAUAAAAUUUUGGACAAAUUGGCUUUAUGGCAUGCAUAGACACUAACAUUUUAAUUGGUUUAAUUGGGCAGUGAUAGCUCAGUGGUUAAGGUACUGGACUAGUAAUCAAAAGGUUGCCAGUUCAAGCCCCACCACGGCCACUGUUGGGCCCCUGAGCAAGGCCCUUAACCCUCAUUUGCUCAAAAAAAUGUGUUCAGUCAUAAUUGUAAGUCGCUUUGGAUAAAAGCGUCUGCUAAAUGCCGAAAAUGUAAAUGUAAAUUGGUUUAAGCUGACUUUCUGAGGAGUACCAGAUGACUGUAAAACGGUUUCACUUGUUUAAGAGUCCAAUCAAAACAAAAAUGUAAAUUAGAGAAUCUUGUAAUCAAAUCUGUGAUUUUACAAAAACACUGCAGACAGAUUCCAAUGAAAAUUAAAAAUAUUACCAAAAUG